AUGGAAGCGAGCCCAAAAGUCCGCCAUUUUUUCUGGCAUUUGUGUACAGAAACUCUUCCAGUUAGGAUCUUGUUAAAGGUUCGUCACAUGGUGGAGAAUUCUAGGUGCCCGUGGUGCAAUACGGAAGAGGAAACAGUGGGUCAUGCUAUUUUUUAUUGUAUUAGCGUGAACGAACUAUGGGAGGAAUGUGGUUGUCUGCCUAUGAAGGAAUGGAGGGAGGCUAGGAGUAUGUGUAACCUGGUGGAGAGUUGGGAAAAAGUUGAGGCAAAAAUGAGACAAAGAGGAUGCUUCCUUGCUUGGUGUAUAUGGGGCGAAAGAAACCAAAAGGUACUUGAAGAUAAAUUUACACCAAAUGCAAUUAUUAUUGAGAGGGUGAAUAGAUUAGUGGAGGAACACGACAAGUAUACGGCCCGCAUUUAUAAUGCAGCGAGACCAAAGGUCGGACGGAGUCCGAAGUGUUGGAAAGCACCUCCUGUAGGCAUAAUCAAGCUUAAUGUUGACGCAUCACUCACACAUGAAGGUUGGAUAGGUCUUGGCGUUGUUGCACAAGAUCAUGAGGGUAGAGUAAUAUUUGCAGCAACGCGAAGAACAAGAGCCCACUGGCCCCCGAAGAUAGCUGAAGAAAAAUCCCUUGCAAUGGAAAUACGCCUAGGAAGAAGGUACCGGAUACAAAAUGCAAUUUUGGAGUCUGAUUCUCAAGUUUUAAUAAACCGUCUCUCGAAGGGUGCAAUCUACUUUUCAGACCUUGACUCUGUUUUAGGUGAUAUUUUGUCUAUAAUGUUUGUUUUAAUUCUAUUAUUUGGUCUCAUGUAUGAAGAGAGGGCAAUAAUGUAG